AUGGCUGUUUUGCAGAGGCUGGAGGACACCAUCUUGAGUCCCAUGGCCAGCAGAGAGGACCGGACGCUGACUGUGCGUGGGGAAGGCUGGCCGGCUUGGCCCACCCCUGUGCCUGCCCGAAUCCGCGAGAUUGUGGCUGGCAGCCUGAGGGAUGAACCACCCUGCGCAGGGCUGCGGGCGCCGCCGGCAGCGCCCGCAGGGGUGCAGGAGGAGAACGAGCUUCUGCAGGAGGAGCUGACGCGGCUGGAGGGCGAGCUGGCCGGCAGGCACCACGCGGCCAGUGAGCGGCUGCAGGCCCGUCUGGAGCGCACGGAGGCCCGGCUGCGGAGGUCGGAGCUGGAGCACAGCGUAGACCUAGGGGAGGCCCUGGGCCGCGUGGAGGCCGCUGAGCAGAGGAGCACGGGACUGUCCCAGGUGAACGCGCUUCUGCGGGAACAGCUGGGCCACAUGAAGAAGGCCCACGACACGCUGGCGGCGGAGCUGGCCAGGACGGCGGACAGCGUGCUCCACCCCGGGGGGACCCCGCAGCCGGCGGAGGCGCGGCGCCGGGCAGACCGACAGUGCUCCCAGCACGUGGGCCGGUGCUCCCUACGUGCGGGCCGGCCCCGCCUGCCUGAGUGCUCCCAGCGCGUGGCCGGGGCCGCCAGCACGUGGGCCGCCCCGCCUGCGCUCGGGAAGCUGUCAAGUGUGCAGUCGGAUGCAGUACCGGGCAGGCCCGUCCAGCCGCCUGCUCCUCUGCGUCACCGGGGCCAUGUCUGGUCCCUGCUCUUUGCGGACCCCGAUGGGGCUUGGGAGGCGCAGUGCGAGUGCACAGAGGACCCGGCCCCAGGCACGGAGGGGCUUUCCCUGCAGAAGAAGGGGGCUCCGUGGGGGGACCUCAGAGUUCACUCUGCCCCGUCUCAGCGGGCGGCUUCCCCGCUGCCUCCCCGUGAGCUCUGGGUCACCGCGCUCCGCGUGCAGCUGGCCGAGCUGCGCACAACCACCGAGAGGGGACUCGCGGACCUGCGGGCGGAGGCGGCCAGGACAGCCGGGCGCCUGCAGACGGCCUGCCUGGACCUGGACGGGAGGCUGCGGCUGGCGGCCGGCAAUGCAGCGGGCGCCCUGGAGCAGCGGCUACGGGCCCAGGUGCGGGAGACGCUGCAGCUGCAGGGCCGCUGGGACACAGAGAAGGCGGCGCUCCAGGCCAGACUCUCCGAGCAGACGCUGCUGGUGGAGAAGCUCACAGAGCAAAACGCGAAGAAGGAGAGAACCAUCUCUUCCCUCAAAAUGCAGGUUCAGAAACUGGUGCGUGGGGCUGAGAGAGGAGGUGCGGGCGGGGAGGCCCGGAGCGGUGGGGGCCUGCUGGCGGCGGACGCCCCGGAGGACGGCGUCGGAGCCCUGCAGCGUGUUCUGCAGAGCGUCACAGAGGUGGCCCAGGCAGACGCAGGGGGCCCGGAGCCGGCCUGGAGCGGCGGCCCGGAAGCUCGGGAGGCACAGGGCCGAGCGCAGAGGCCCACACGCUCCGCGUCCCCCCAGCGCGGGGCGUCCCCACCGCGGGCCCUGGACGCCCUGCACCCCGCGCUGCGGGCCGUGCACACAGCUCUCGAGAGGCGGCGGCGGCUGGAGCAGGAGCUGGCAUCCUCCCAGGCCGUGGCCACCAGGCUCCGGGAGCAGCUGGCGGAGGCCCAGCAGGAGCUGCUGGCCUCCCGGAGGCGCCUCCAGGAGCGGACGCAGGACGAGGCGCAGGCGCACCAGCACCUCCUGCGCAAGCUGGAGGCGCAGAGGCGCGAGGCGCUGCACUGCAGGGCGUCCCGCGAGCUCUUGCGAAGAGAGAAGAGGGCUCUGGAAACGGCGGUGGAGGAGCUGAGGGCCAAGGCGGCCGGUGCAGACGCAGAGAAGCAGAGGCUGGCGGCCGAGAGCGCCGGGCUGCACGCGCGCCUCCUGCUGUGGGCCGAGCAGAGGGAAGAGUUGGUGCAGCAGGCAGAGCGGGGCCGCAGGGAGCGGGAGACCAGUCAAGGGCGCCUGGAGCAGCUGGAGGAGAAGGUCUCAGGGCUCAGGAAGGAGCUGGUGUCGGCCCAGGAGGCGCUGAACUUGGCCCAGCUGCAGAGGGACGUUCUGGAGAGCGAGAGGGAGGGUCUGCGCAGAGCCCUGGCCCGGGCCGAGGCCGGCAACACUGACCUGGAGCUGCUCGUGACCCGGCUGAAGUCUGAGGGUGUGAAGCAAAGGGACUCCCUGGCCAAGAUGGCUGCCCUGACGGAGGGGCUGGCUCGGGACAAAGGCGCCCUGGGCCACCAGGUCCUGCAGCUGGAGCAGGAGCGGGCCGACGCCCGGGAGCGGCUGGCGCGGGCAGAGCAGCAGCUGGGGGACUGCAGGUGCCUGGAGGAGCAGCUGCGGGGGCAGGUGGGCCAGGUCACAGGCAAGAAACAGGCCCUGGAAGAGGAGCUGGCCCAGAGCCUGCGGGCCCAGGGGGCCCAGAGGGACGCGCUGCAGAGGGCCCAGCAGGAGACGGAGGCUCUGUGCGAGGAGCGGGCCCGGCUGCUGGCCAAGCAGGAGGCCCUGGCGAGGCAGGUCCAGCUCGCAGCUGAGGAGGCGGCCGACCUCAGGGCUGAGAGGGACUCUCUGGAGAGCAGCCUCUUCGAGACCCAGCAGCUGGCGAUGCAGCUGCAGGUGCAGCGGGAGCAGCUGGAGGCAGAGGCCCAGAGCAUGGGGCUCGCGCGGGAAGCCCUGCAAGCGGAAAUGCAGCAGCUGAAAAGCGCCUCGGAGGCGCAGGAGACGCGGCUGCGGCAGCAAGUGGCAGAGCAGGAGCGGGACGCGCAGGCGGCCCUGGAGCGCCGGGCGCUGGCGCACCGUGAGGCCCUGGCUCGGCUCCAGAGGGAGAAGGAGUCCCUGAGUCUGUCUCUGACAGACCAGAAAGAAGUGGCAGCUCACCGGCUGGAGCAGGAGAAGAAGCUGGUAGCAAAGAAUGUGGCCGAGCGGGAGGCUCUGCAGGAGGAAAUUCAGAACCUAAAGCAUGAGCGCGACGCGAGUCUCCUCCAAGUGGAACACGAGAUGCAAGAGGCCCUGUCACUGAGAGAAGCAGAGAUGAGGCUGCUAAGGGAAGAGCUCUUCGGAGCCAUGCAGGAGCUGGGGCAGGUGCGGCAGGAGGCCCACAGCCAGCGGGAGCAAGCUGAGGCCACCGUCAGCACCACGGCCGCGGAGCUGAAGGCCCUGCAGGCGCAGUUUGAGGACGCCAUCACGGCGCAUCAGGGGGAGGCCGCGGCUCUGAGAGACCGUCUCCGGGAGAUGGCGGCAGAGAGAAGCAACGCUGGGAGAGAAGGUGUCCGUGCUUCCGUGCCGCACUCUGUCCAGGGCACCCGUGACAGUGAGAACCUACCGCCCAGGCAGCCGGGCAGCCUGGCCCCCGCGGCCUCCCGCUGCCAGAGGGCCGAGGGGCUGCGGGCGCAGCUGGACGAGGCCCGCCGGGCGCUGGGCGAUGAGGCCCAUGAGAAGGCCGUGCUGCAGAGCUCCAACGCCGAGCUGCGGGCCGCUCUCCGCAGGGCCGAGCGGGACAAGGCCAGUUUUCAGAGGUCCAAGGACGAAGGGGAGCAGAAGCUGCUGGUCCUGGAGGAGGCCCGGGCGGCGGCCCAGAAGGAGGCCUGUGAGCUGCGGGCCAGUCUGAGGGCGGAGGAGCAGGCUCACGCAGACGCCCUCCGGGAGCUGGGCAGACAGGUAAACAUGCUGGAGGCUGAGAACCAGAGAAAGAGCCAGGAGGUGGUCCAGCUUCAGGCUCGGGACGCACAGGGCGCGCAGGAGCAGCAGAGCCGGCAGGAGGUGCUGCACUUGCAGAGACUGGCCUCCGAGGCCGCCCUGGAGGCCGCCCGGGAGGAGGUCCUGAGGCUGCGGCGGAAGCUGGAGGAGCUGGAGGCUGGAGCCAAGGCCCGCGAGCGGCAGCUGGAGCAGAGGCUGCGCCAGAGCCAGGGGGCUGAGCGGACCCUCCGGGCUGAGCUGCGCGCCGUCACCGGGAGGCUGCAGCAGGCCGGCGGCGUGGCCGAUGGCCUCCAGGCUCGCCUGGACGAGGCCGGCCGCCGGACCCACGGCCUGGAGCGGGAACUGGCCCGGGCGGAAGGCGCCAGGCGGCGUUCGGAGGCCCAGCUGGGCCGGCUGUGGUCCACGUUGUGCCGCGGCCUGGGGCUGCGGGGACAGAGCCCCCCGGGCUCACCCGAGAGGCCCUGCUUCCCCAGGACAGGCUCCGAUGGCUUCCAGAGCGCCAGCCCCCCCGCCAGGUCCCGCUCGCCACUCCGAUGGCCAUCACCGGCACCCGGGGACCAGUGCCCGGAGGUGGACGUGGCCUCUGUGCGCGAGGCCCUGACGGACCUGGCGCAGACGCUGCAGGCUGCCCGGAGGGAGCGGGAUGACUGGCACUUCCGAGCGGUGAGCCUGAGCGGCCUGCUGAGCGAGGCGGAGCGCGAGCGAGCCCAGGCCCAAAGCCGCGCGGGGCGGCUGCAGAAGGCACUGGCACAGGCGGAGGAAGGCUGGCACCAGGCGGAGGGCGAGAGGAGCAGUGCCCAGGCGGCGCGCGCCCUGCAAGCGGAGACGCUCCGGGGGCUGGAGGAGGAGCACGUGGCCGGCACGCGGAGGGCAGGCCGGGAGAAGCGGAGGCUCCAGGCACUGCAGCCCAAGGGUGCUCCCUGGGCCUUUUCCUCCGUGCUGAUCUUGGACGUCACCUUCCCGUCGCUGGCUCUGCGCCACGUGCCGGAGACCUUAGGGUCUUCACCCAGCGCCCUGCAGGCAGGGGCUUCUCCCUCCCGGAGCACACCCCCAGGCCGCGUGUCCAGGACACCCCGCCAUUCCUUCCCGCAGGAGCAACCGGACACUCCGCACGGCGCUCUGGCCGAGAGCAGGAAGCUCAGCCAGGGCCGGGCCCAGAGGAAGCUGCUGGAAGCGCAGGUGGCGCGCCCGGAGCGCAGGUGCCAGGAGGCCGGGGGCAGGCUGGAGCCCCCCAAGGUUCCGGACGCGACCCCACAGCAGAGGGCCGGCCGCGGAGCGCUGCUCGGGGGGACGGACGGGGAGCCGCGGGCCAGGCGGCAGCCGCGUGGGGGCGCCUCGUCCCGCGGAGCACACGCCGCGCCCCUGCCGGCCCGCCUGCAGGGGGAGCUCGCGGGGCAGCGCGCGCGGGGGAGGAAGGAGGGUCGGCCAACCCGUACGGUCACAGUCAUGGUCACCAUCAUGGUGCUUCUCCUGAAGGGCGGCCCCGACACGGAGCUGCCCAGUCAGGGGAGCCCAGGCCUCCAGGGCAGCGGAGCCAGCUGUGGGCCCCCGAGGCCCACGUCGGGGAGGGGACGACAGGCUAAUGAGUUCCGGGAGAUAGAGCAGGAGAUGCUGAGGAAGGAAGGAGACGCGGCGAGGCCGGGGGCCCGGAGGGAACCAGGGCGCCAGCCCGUCGGGGGCCUGCGCCAGGAAGGGGACAGGGCGCUGAGGCACCACCAGCAGCGGCAGGCCCCGCGGGAGAGCCGGUGCGAACAAGGGAGCUUGUGCAGAACCGAGCUGACCGGGGAGGAGCGAGGGAAGCACAGGGCCAGGCAGGCCUGUGGGCAGCCCCACCCGGCUCUCACCCUGGGCCCAGAGGGCGGCUCGGGAGCUGGCCCCUCAGCACCGGCAAGGCCCGGCCGCGGACCCCAAGCAGCCACACGGGCCUUGGAGUGCGGGGAGCAGACCCACCAGUGGCAGGUGAAGGUCCCAGGGGAGGAAGUGGCCAGUCUGAAGAAGCAGCUGGACCAGGAAGUGCCUCGGAAGCAACAGGCCCCCCUCGGCCAGGCCUUCCGGGCCAAAAAGCAGAGCCGCCACCGGGAAGACGGCCGCCUCGCCUUCCGCUGCUCAGAGGGUGCAGUGCAGGCAGCCACGCCCAGAGCCCGCCACGCCCUCCUGGAGUCCAAUGCCAGCAGGCGCCCUGCGAUUCCACGGAGCACCAUGCUCCCCCCGGCCCUUGGGACAUCCACCCCUGCGCACCCUGGACCGUGCUCCGGGAUGCUCCUCCCGGGAGGCGGCCCUGGGGAUGCGUGCAGCCCGGUAGGCGCCGCGGUGGGGGCUGGCGGCCGGCGCCCUCCCACCUCGGGAGGGCCUGGCAUACAGACCCCCGCCCCCAGCAGAAGGACCCCAGGGACGGGCGAGGCGGCUGAGCCCCGGGCAACCAGACAGAAGUUGAAGGGGAAGCUGCCCCCGGGCUGGUGCCCCACAGGGCCUGCCCCGCUGAACGCUGGGGCCGCGGGCCCGCAAGGACCAGCCCUCCGUCACCUAGAGGCCCCCACCCCGGGGUCUGCGGAGCUUCUCUUGCUGUGA